CCACUGCAUCUGCCCUUGCGGCCCCCUCACCUGCAGCGCCCGCCAGCCACGCUGCGCACAAGCGCUGCCGCCGCCAUGGCGCUCGAGACCGACGAGGCCGAGCUGCUCAAGCUCUACUCGCUCGACACGCUCACCCCGACGCGCUGGGCCUCGUCGGCCGCCUCGGCGUCCGGCGCGCCGCUCGCGCUGCUGCCCGACGAGCCCGAUGCGCUCGGCCUGCGCGGGCCACACGUCGAGGCCACGUCGCGCGCCCUGGCGCCCGACGUGCGCGCCCAGGUGCUGCUGGCGAGCAAGGCCUUCGACGCCAAGCUCUACCUCUCCACGCUGCACCCCGACGCCACGUUUGCCGACCUCUCGCGCGCCGUGCAGCACCUCGAGGAGAGCAUGGCGCAGCGCAGCGAGGCGCUCAAGGUGCUCGUGCAGGACAACUUCGACCGCUUCGUCGCCGUCAAGGCCACCACCGACGGCGUCUUCCGCGAGAUGCGCGACGGCGCCGCGGGCCCGCUGCGCCCCGAUGCCGACUACGGCACGGCGCAGCUCAAGGCAAUCCUCGCGCAGGCCAGCGCCAAGGCGGACCAGGUCUUCAUGCCUGUGCUCGAGAAUAACCUCAAGGCCGCCAAGCUGCGCUCGACGCUCGGCGUCUUUGAGCGCUCGCGCUUCUUCUUCAACCUGCCCGGCUCGCUCGGCGAGGCCGUCGCCGCCGAGCGCUGGGACGUGGCGCUGCGCGACUACAAGAAGGGCAAGUACCUGCUCGACGCGCGUCCCGGCCAGCUGCUCGCCUUCAACACGGCCGACGGCAGCAAGGGCAAUGCCAAGCAGCAGGCGCAGCAGCGCCGCGUUUUCAACAAGGUCUGGGACGCCGUGGAGGAGACGAUGCGUGAGAUGCGUGAGCGCCUCGUGGCGCUGCUGCGCGAGCCCAAGCGCGGCGUGGAGGAGCAGGAGCGUACGAUCGAGAUCCUGCUCGAGCUCGAGCCGCAGCAGGACCCCGUGUCCAUCUUCCUCGAGUCGCAGCACGAGCACAUCAAGACGUUGAUGCGCAAGUCGUUCGACGGCCAUCACGCUCGCGUCUCGGCUGCCGCCACUGUGGCCACGAUCCAGAACGUGGGUGACAAGGACCGGGCGCGGGACAUUCAAGCGUGCGUGCGGCAGCUGUCGCGCGCAGAGCAAAACUACGACCGCAGCCUGGGUGCCGAGGCGUGGCAGGCCAUCCACGAGCUCGUGCGCCACCUCUCUGAGACACUCGUCCAGACGCUGCCCAGCUUCUGGCGCGUGUGCAAGAACAACAUGGAGGGCAAGAUCAAGAGCCGCGCUCCUGGACUUCAGGCACAGGCGCGGGCGUGGGCGACGGAGUCCGUCGAGGCUUACAUCGCAAUGCUCUCGCACUUCUUCAACCUCACCGAAGUGACGCUGCUGGCGCGCAAGCCGCUCUCGCCGCUCGGCUCGUGGGUGCCGCAGAACGGCUGCAGCGUCACUGCCGCGCACUACAUGCGCCUCACGCUCGGCGAGCUGGCCGAGGCGGUCAAGGAGUUCACCGCGCUCGGCAUCGGUAGCACGCCGAGCAGCCUCAAGGGCCUGCUGAACAACACGCGCUUCACCUUCACCGAGACGCUGUGCCAUCUGUGGCAGAACGAUGCAAAGCUCUUCUUCAUGCUCGAAGACUGGUCGCUGAGCCCGGACACUGAGGCUACCACGCUGUACCUCAAGGACCUCUCGACGUUCCACAAGUCCAACGCGCGCGCAGCGUACUUCAUCGCUGGCGGGUCUGAGACAGCAGACACGUCAUCGCGAAGCAAAGACAGCGCCGUUGCGAUCGCGCCCGAGUUCACUGCGCGCAUCAAGGCGGCCUUCCUGGACGCCCUCUACGCCUUCCUCGAUGGGCUCGUGCACCUUGCCUUCUCCGACUUUGAUCCGCUCGAUCCUGCGCUCACGACGAGCCAAAAGGUUGUCGCAGACUCGCGCCUGACGCUUGACGUGCAGGAGCUCGACACACGCAUCCUGCUCAGCGUCACGAACCUGGAGCACUUGAACAAGGUCGUCGUGCCCGCGCUCGCCAAGCAGUUCCAGGACGCGUUCAACGUCAAGAUGGGCGAGGACCUCAAGACCAUCGACGAGGUCGCACAACAGCUCGACGAGAUUCUCUUCACAGACUUCGUCAAGCGCAAGGGCGAUGCGAUCGCCGACAUCUUCCGGACGGGCAUCCUCUCGAGCGACAUCGCGUGGCACUCCAUUCCCAAGCCUGCUGAGGUGCACUCAUUCAUCUACGAGGCACUGCUCUCGCUCGUUCAGGUGCACGCACAAGUGCGGGCUGUUGCCAAGCCUCUCGUGCAGCGCACAAUCUCGGCGCUCCUCGACGACCUCGCCGGCGUGAUCCUCGAGGCGUUUGGCGAGAUCCCGCGCUUCGGCAUGGGCGGCAUGCUGCAGGCCACGCUCGAGAUCGAGUUCCUGCACCAGACGCUCUCGCAGUACGUCACGCCCAAGUCCGAGGCCACGCUCAAGCAGAUCUACGAGACGAUCAGCCGCAAGUACGUGCGCGGCAGCGGCGCCGCCGGCACGGCCGAGGCCGAGGCGCUGCAGCGCGAGCUGGAGAGCGUCAAGCGCACCCUCGUGUCGAGCCGCAAGGCAACGGCGCUGGAGUUUCUUUGCUUCCGCCGCCCGCGCGAGGAGCGAGACUCGAGGGCGCGCGACGCACGCAGCCGCGAUGGCUCGGCACCGUCUAGCGCCGGCGCUGCGCCCUCGAGCAGCGAGAUACGCACGUCGUCCGAGCGACGGCGAUGAGAACGCCCCCACCCCCCCCCCCCCCC